AAUAAGUAUAAUAAUAUGUCUUUUAUUUUCUAACAUUUUAUCAAAUAUUUGUGACACGUGACAUAUUGUUUGAAUGUUCUUAAUAUCUCGUCAAUUAGUUAUCUCAUCAAAUCAGUCGCUGAUACAAUAAGAGUAUAAAGUACUGACGAAAAGUAUCAAAAGCGUACAAAUUAGACAAGUUAACCAUAAUUUUUGGACAUUAUCUGGUGAUACGACAAUUACUGUAAAUAUUUUACGAUUAACAUACAAAUAUUACAUUUUAUUUUUAAUUAAAAUAUUCACUAAGUAGAUCAAUUUGCUAAAGAAAGUAUCAAAAUUGAUCGAUGACGUAAUGUUUGUAUGUUGUAUGUCGAAACCAUUUUGUCACGAAAUAUAAUAAACUGCCGUAGAGCAUAUUACAAUAUCGAUUACAUUUCAUGUCAAGAAUAAAAUUGUCAUAAACAUAUUCACAAACAUAUUCACAAACAUAUUGAGAAGAUUUUACAAUAUAACUGAAAAAAUAUUAGAAUUAUAUAAAAUCUAAUAAAAUUAGAUUAAAUUAUAAUUAAAUGUGUAUAUUUAGCAAUCCUAGGAUAAUUGUAAUUUUAUAAUCGCAUAUCAAUAAAAAAGUAAAACUUUAUAAUAAUAAUAUUAAUAAAAUCACACCUCUGUAAGGAUAAAAAUUCAAUUGCGUGUUAUAUGUGAUAUAAAAUAUGAGGAAAUAUAUUAUAUACUAAUUAAACUUACUUAUUUCAAAACUAUCAUCGUUUAGCAUAGCUUACUGGAUUUUUCGAUUUUUCGAUCUUUUAUCAUUUGGUGUUGCAAGCAGUAUUACAUAUUUAAUAUUAUUUAAUUUACAAGUAUAAAUAAGAUAUAUGACAUAAAAGUUGAAUAACAUAAAUUUGAUUGAUUUAAUCGCAUUUUGUAGUGUUUAACAGAAUCUGCAUACAAGAAACUUUUAUAUAGUACUAAAAUUUAUCAUACAACAAAUGUUGAGUACUAAUAUAUCAGCUCCUAAUCACAUUAUAUCAUUGUCAAAUAUUACAAAUUGAAUCUUUUACUAUUCAUAAUUGUAAAGCGGUAGCAGAAUUAUUAUCUGGUAAACGGGAUCAGACAUCAAAACAUGAAUUUUAAGCGUGUAAUAUUGCAAUGUUACCGGCAAAGUAAGAAAUCCGACAUUGUAUAGAAUACUUAGGCGUUAUAUAUGAAAUAUCUAUGCAUUAUAAAAACUGAUAGACGUUCUGUAGAAUGUCUAGGUAUUCUAUACAAUACUUGAAUUUCACACAAUGCUGGUAAAAGUGACACCAAAUGAUAAAGCAUCGUCGAAAAAUAUAUGUAUAACAUCAGAUUAUGAGUUAGCUGAAUAUUAUCUCUGUGAUAAAAAUAAAACUUUACUAGCAGCAAAAUAUGAAGGUAAAAUGUCGCUCCUCACAAUGCACGAGUGUACGCAUUCAUUUUAGUAAUAGCGUGUAUCGUUAAAAGCGAAUAAAUACGUUCGAUACUAUUAAAACUAUAUUAUACGUUAAACUACUGUCAAAAAUAUUUUACGUGUUUCCUGAAAAAGGAAGACACAGAUCAAAAGUUUCACUUAAUAAAAGAGACAUCGACGAUAAAACAUUUUCAUCGGGAACAAUAAAAUGUCUUUCUUAAUAACGCAUAAGCCUACGUAUUUAUUCUCGUAAUAAGGUGUUAGUUUAAGAACAAGGUAAUUUUAUAUGGAUUUGAUAUUAAGAAUAUUUCACGAUACAGCACGAAGCACUGGACAUUACACAUUAAAUCUCAUGUUUUUGAUACCUGAACCUGUUCUUUAGAUAAUAAUUAUGUUAUCAUUUUACAAUCAUUAAUACUAAAUGUUUCGAUUUGUAAUCUGGCAAGACAAUUAUAUAAUGUGAUUAGAGCUGAUACAUUAAUAUCCAAUAUUUAUUGCGCAAUAAAUUUCAACUAUGUAUAAAAGUUUUCAUUGUGUAGAUGCUAUUAGACCGCAAGAUUCGGUUAAAUCAGAUUUAUUAUACAAUCAUGUACCUUCAUGUAUCUCGUACUUGUAAAUUGAAGAACAUGAAAUUUAAAUGUGUAACGUUAUUGAAAUAUUUUAUACAUCCAAUAUUGUAAACAAUAUUUUACAUGUUUCUUGAAAAAGAAAAAUGCAGGUUAAAAAUUCAACUUAAUAAAUAAAAACGAUAAAGCGCACUCGCUAGGAAUAGUAAAAUGUCGUUCUUUAUAACACAUGUAUAACACACGUAUUUUAUUUCAUUAUGAUGUUACAUUAAGAUGUCACAUUAAGAGCGAGACUCGAUUAUAAACUAUAUCAAAUGAAACGUCGGAUACCUUGCAAUGCAGCAGUUGAAGCAAGAUUUGUUGAGGCUGCAAUAGAUUUACAGUAAGAGUAACUAAGACUCAAUUAUUGUCGUCGAAAAUGAAAUUCAAAAGAUUAUUUGUCGUAUUGCUCGUUCUCUCUAUCUGUAAGAAACUUGUGAUCUUGAAAGAUCCUGUUCGAUUUUAUAGAAUUAAUCUGAUUUCUCGUCUUCGUUUUCCAGUAAAUCGGUGAAGUCAACUCAGUUAACAGACCAACCUACCUCACUCAAAAGCUCGGCGAUACUACUAAUGAAAAGAAAAACGGGAUAUAUAAAAAAUAUCAGCUAGAAGACUAUGUCGACCUCAAAAACUCACUGUCCAAUAAUAAUAGCUGUAGAAAUUAAUAAUUAAUAUUAUGAGCGAGAAGAAUGUGGAAAAGUUGCUAAACAGUGUCAACAUCAAGUAGAAGUUCGAUGCGUCCUAAAAGCCUUGCAAUGUGAGUUGACGACGAAGCCUAGAUGAGCAAAAUUGUUAUCAAAUACAAUUUUUUAAAGCAGAAAGAUAUAGAUAAAAAAUUCAAAUUAAUAAAAUGAAAAUAUCGUCAAAGAUAAGAAAUUAUCGUCAAGAAUAACAAUAUUAAGAAAUAAUUAAAUUAAGAAUAACACUAUUUUUAAGUUAUGUUCGAAGACUCGUUAAUUGUUUAUGAUCUAACCAGCAUUAUGGUGUGUAUUAUCUCAUGUGCUAACAUAUACAUGUCAUGUAUAUGAGCUAUAAAUAUUUUAUUAGACUUUAAUAUGGGCCUAACUAAUGUGUGAUACAACGUGUCUGUGUUAACCGACAAUCGACCAUUUAAUCGCGAGAUCGAUAUCGUUGUACGUGACAGAGUUGACCUUAUGACUUCCGUUAGUCCCAAGGACGUUACCUAUGAUUUUCACGGAGUUAAUAUUUAAUGUUUUGCAUACACGACAAGCGCUCGCGAAAGCGACAUUUACGGAAGUCUUUCGCUGUUUGCGCUCAGUGCUGCUUCGCAUGAAUGAAGCGUCUCGUAGAUUCUAAUGUAUCGCGGAUCCUUCAUCGGAAACGUGACUGUGCGCGCACUAAGUACAAAGGAUCGCGAAUCAAUUUAAUUAAUCUGAUUCUCUCGCAAAGUGAUCGGGAGGAGAAAAAUAAAUAUUUAAAAAGUAAUGCAUUAAUCACACCAAAAACCCGUACGUACUCAAUUAAUCAACGAAAUCGUAGACAAUAUUUCGGAAUUAUGAAAGGAAUUACAAAUGCGCGCAAUCUGACGAGGAUCUUCACAAUUUUCGGGAACGUAGAGAAAGUUGGCUUCGUCGUGGAGAAGGUCAACAAACAGAAAGCGACGAUGAUCAAAUCGCGAUCGUAUCAGGAUUCCUCUUGGCCACUACGGAUGUUGAUAAUAUUCUUCAAGUUCGUCGGUCUCGCGACGUUCACAUACUGCGUCGACAGACAGAAGAGGACGAACCUGCAGACGUCGUAUAUGUUUCAGUACUCCGAGCUAGGUAUCGCCUACAACAUUGUACUUAUCAGCCUGAUAAUCGCCUUCAACUCCUUGGGGAUACCGUACACCAUCAACCUGGACUACCCCAACAAAACGAACAUGACCGUAGGCAUCGAGAUCUUUCAGGCUCUGCUCGGCAGCAUAGCGAUUUGCGUGAUUUUACUUAGCUAUUGCUUCCGGGAGAAGAAUCUGCUGCGAAUCGGCAAUCGAUUGACGGACGUCAAGCACGAACUGGACCGUCUGUACCGUCUGUACCCUUCACUACGGCGAGAGCGCGUCUUCCGUGUCCUGACGAUUGUGUGCAUCUUCAACGGUAGUAUGGUGAUGACUCUCCUGAUCGUCGAAUACUUCGCCUACUAUCUUAAGCCGAUAUCCUUGCUGACGAAUAUCCUGCCGGCGUUUCACCUGGGAUGGUUCAUGAUUCAGUAUUUCCUGCUGGUGACCAUCAUUCAGAUGAAUUUUGCCGAUGUGAAUCGCGCGAUACAGUGCCUCGCCAGGGUCAGUCCGCCGGAUUUUCAGCCGCAAACUCUCUCUCAGACUCGUCGCAUUGCUGUCGGCAAUUCCACCGUUCAUCAGCUACUGGACCUACGGGACGUGCACGGUCAACUGUGUGACGUCUCCCAGGACGUGUCGGACUUUUACUCGGUGUCGAUGCUGUUCGCCAUAUCUUAUAUGUUCUUCUCAAUCGUGUACAACGGCUAUUACCUUAUAUCGCCUCUGUUGUUGAACGACGAGGUCUUGGAGUAUAUGGUCUUUGUCGACACUGUCCUUUGGUUGAUAUUCCUCAUAUAUCCCAUUCUCCUUCUUACCAGUAGUAUUACCAAGCUCUUGAAUGAGAUGGCGAGAACAGGCAAUGCAAUAAACAAUCUGAUGAGUUGUAUGACUGACAAAGAGGCGAGAUUUGAGCUUCAACAGAUCUCGCUUCAAUUGUUGCACCGCAAGGUAUACUUUACAGCUAGUGGAUACUUUACACUGGAUAAUACUCUUUUCCACUCGAUGCUGAGUGCGGUGACGACGUAUCUAGUAAUACUCGCGCAAUUUCAGUUGGGAAACUCGUCGAGAUCGCUUUGUAAUUGUACACAGCAAAGUGUGUCACAUAUGAAUGAAUAAUGGGACGACGAUUAAUAACAAACACUAUUUUUAAAAGACAGCCAGUGCAGAAUAGACAAAAAGUUGUUUCAGUAAAAUCAUGAUAGAGGAAGUGUCGAAAUCAUACAAACGAAAUCAUACAAAUCAAAAGAGUUAUUGAACAACAAUCUUUUGGACGCUAUCAGGUCUUUAUAUGAUGAAAGUAUAGCAGUAUGGUAAUCACUUUACCAUUGAUUUUUCUACCAAGAAAUAAACUGCCAUAGCACAUGUUAUGUUACGACAUCGAUUACACUUUAAAACAG